UCAGAUCGUGUGAAGAUGGGAUCCAGUAACCAGUUUGACGACACCCUCACGCAGCUGGGCACCGGCAAGUGGAACCUGCUGUUGAUCGUUAGCAUCAUGUAUUGGACGAUGCAGUUACCUUGUAUGUUCCUGGGAGGCUCCUUCCUCGCACCACAAGUGGACCACUCCUGUCUCCUCCCUGAAGGUGCCAUCCCACUCCUCACCAAUCACUCCAACACCACUCAAGUCUCGUCGUGUGAAUACCUGAUGGUGGGUGAAGACGAUAGUGAGGAGAUACGACCUUGUACUCGUUGGAUCUUCGAUAACUCCACCUUCUACAGCACCCUUACAUCAGAGUUCGAGUUGGUAUGUGAUUAUAAGUCCCUGAGGCCAACCUACACCGGCAUAUAUUUUAUAGGUGCUUGUCUCUCCUCCUCUAUCAGUGGCUGGCUCUCUGACAAGUAUGGACGCAAGAGGAUGAUGGUAAUUGGCGCUAUUACCUACGCUGUUGUGGGUAACUGUUUAAGCUGGUUACAUAACAUGUCCUCUAUAUUGGUGUUUCGUUUCAUCGUAGGUCUCAUGCACCCAAUGGCCCUGCAUACAGCUUACACCAUCGUUAUAGAGACGACUGAGCCACGCCUUAGGUCAGUCAUGGGCAUUAUGAUAUUCCUGCCGUGGGCCAUCGCUGUGAUGAUCUGGGGUGCUAUGGGUUACCUCUUCAGAGACUGGCGAUGGCUCAUGCUUGUUUCCACAGUCCCUUCACUCCUCUUCCUCCCUACGCUGUGGUUUAUGGACGAAUCGCCACGGUGGCUUAUCGUCCAGGGGCAACAUGACCGGGCCAUGAAGGUGCUGGAAAAGGCCGCCCGCUGGAACAAGGCCACAUUACCUCCCCGGGACCAACUGCUUACCAUGAUGCAAAACAUUGCCAGUGAGAACUCAAAGGUCUCCAGCGGCAUGAAGAGUGAAGGUUUUGUCUCCUUUCUGCGUACCUUUGUCGGGGAGUUUACGGUACUGCUCAGAACGAGAAAGAUGCGAGCUAGAACACUGGCUAUAUACUUUAUUUAUUUAACCUUUGGACUGGUUGCCCUGGGCCUGUCUUUGGGAGGUGAAGGUUUCGGCUCUAACCCGUUUAUUUACAUGGCUCUCAGUGGCUUAAUGGAGAUACCCGGAGCCACUGUCACCGUCCCUAUGAUUCAGUACCUAGGACGAAGGUUAUCCAACAUCAUCUGUCUUCUCAUGACUGGCAUCUCUCUUCUCGCUCUUGCCAUCGUCCCAUUAAAUAUAGGCUGGCUAGUGAUGACUCUGGCCAUGAUAGGCAAGAUGGCCAUCAGUGCUGCCAAUCAGAUCAUCCAUUUACAUAGUUCUGAACUAUUCCCUACUGAAGUUCGCGACAGAGGCUUAGGAACCUCCGAAAUGAUGGCUAAAUUGGGUUCAACUCUUGCUCCUUAUUUGAUGGACACUUUGCGUACUGUAUGGGUGUCAGCGCCAUCGGUGGUGUGUGGAGUGACGGGGCUGUUAGCUGCUGGGGUUACCUUUACGCUGCCCGAAACGACGAACACGGCACUACUUGACACCGUCGAGGCACUUGAGGAGACGUCUUCACUUUCCCGCAAGAGAAAUGCCUCGUCAUCACCCUUACACAAGCAAGAGGACCACGUCAACACAGAAGAAAAAAUACCCCUCGCUUAAAAUAACAAGACAACAGGACAACGAAAUAUUUGUCUUUAUAUCUGCUCUUUUUUACAGACUGUGUGUGUGUGUGUUUCGUCCACUGAUAGAAUUACACACAAACACAUCUUAUAUGCCCCUCCUAACCAUACGCGUCCAAAUCCUUUUAGACAUCUACGUAGAAACUCGAAUACUGUUAGGCUCCGUACGCAUUACAGAGAAGUCAGUUAUUCAGUAUUUAAUAGAUAAAAAUGGAUAAAAGUAAUGUGUCUUGUGUCAAUAAGGAGAUACAGAGAUAUAUCGAUGUAUAAAA